CACACCCCAGUUCACAGUCCGCUCAAGGCCCAGCCCACCCUAUAGCCCCCACCCCAGACACAGUCCUUCGUACACCCCUGACAUCACAGACAGUUCCGUGCCGUUUUCCAUCCACCUCAACGACAACAAUCAUGCUGUCUUCGUUCCUGAGCUGCGGCGUCUCCGUUUCCCUUCUUGCCGCAUGCAAUGGCUUCGUGACAACAGCAGGCGUGCUCCCCACUAGGACCAGGGCACAGGCAUCGCAGGGGCUGUCCAUGGCAGCAUCCGGCGAGCAGUGGAUCCCGAUCCUCCCGAUCGACGAGGUGCCGACCCCCGGCACCGCCAAGUCGGUCUACGUCGCCGACCUUGACCUUUGCGUCGCCGCGGACGAGAGGGGUCUUCUGUACGUGCUGGGCAACAAGUGCCCGCCGGCCAACCAACCCUUGUCCUUCAGCCUCGUCUCGAACAACGUCAUCAAGGAUCCCGUGCUGGGCACCAAGAUCGACAUCGAGACCGGCGACGUGAUCGAGUGGUGCCCGAACCUGCUGGGUAAGCUGCUCAGCCCGAUCCUCGGCGCGCAGCCCGAGAACUCGGGCGUGCAGACGUUCGUGGUUCGCCAGAAGGGAGGCACCCUGGAAGCCAAGAUCAACGUCAACGCUAAGGCCGAGUACGAGAAGUCAUACUGGAAGGGCAUCUUGGACGCUCAGGGGAAGGCAGACGGGAGUUACUACUAAAUUUUUUUUUCUUGUGAUGGGUGGUCGUCGUCGUUCCAAGAGAAGCCUGACGGUGCUUUCUUCGCGUUGUAUGGCUUGUUGUUGUUCCUGUUCAUGUUGGGAGCGCGUGGUGGCUGGCGCCCGAGAGUUGUAGAUCUUUUUUGUUGGGUUUUGUAGUAGAUAAAAAGAGUAUUUCGAGUUCUUGCUGUGGCCGUAGAUUGGGGGGACCCCAACAAUCAGUGCAUUUGGUGAUUUUCUGACUCACGGAAGAACCAAUAUUUACUUACUCUAGAGCGAAGGAUAUAGUUUGGGGAUGGAUUGGGGAUGGCGAAGAAGAAAUGUUGCAACAAUUGUAGGACGGAGCGUGUGGCGUAUUUACGUACCCAGAGGCAGUACACCGGCAGCUUAUUCCUGUGAACGAGUGAAGUUGUUUGGAAUCUUGCCGCGGGUGUUGGUGCAGUUCGUUACACCCGUUUCUUGUUGGGAAUAUUGCCUUGGGAGGUCCUGUCAUUUGGCGCUGCUUCUGAUCCCGUUUUCGUGGAUGUUCGUCUAGAAAUAAAGUUGAAUACACGGCUCUUCCUGUCAGAUGUGUCCGCUCAUGACGACCUCUUUGGCCUUGCCAAAACUACAAGCGUUCUCAACAGACGGCAGCUGCGCGUAUGUUCGAGAUGUACAACAGUCUUCUGCUG